AUGGUCUUGGAUAGCAAUACCCCCGAAGAGUCAAUUGCGUUGACUGUGGGAUUUUAUGAUCCUUUUUCAAUUUUUCAAGGCGGUUUCAGAUCGGAUUUUGAAAAACAUGUCAAGAUACCUUCCUUCUACUGGAAAGACAACCAUGAUUCUUUGCGGGUUUUGAAGAAUGUUGAUUUCAAAUUUGUGGAAGAGAUUCCUCGAUCUAAAAAAAGUGAUGUUUCAUAUCUGAAAUUAAUGUUUGUUUCAUGCCAGACAGUAGAUGAUUAUAGAGCAAAAGUUCGUCCGUUGGUUUUACAAUGGUUAGGUAGCAUGAAAUCGAUGGAACCAACGGUUCCCUACCUCAUAUUUUUUUUUGAAAACACUGAACUCAGGACUAAAGCUGACAAAUACUUGAAAACUAAUCUUUUCAAUAAGUUGAAAAUUGACUUCGAUACUAAUGAAUUUGGUGUGGAUAACAUUUUCAAGAUUAAAUCGAUAUACCAAGCUAAUAUCGACAAAGUCGAGGUUUGGAAAUAUAUAUCAUCAUCUUUGAGAACGUUACUAGCAGAUUCAAUUAACCUACAAUUACGUUCUUCUGAAAGUAAUCUUGUAGAAACUGCACAAAUUUACCAAGACUUAAAGCAAAAACAAGAUGCUUUGGCUUGCUAUUCUAAACUUUUCAACAAGUAUCCCUUUAUCAAAAAAGAAGACUUUGAAUCUGUUAGGCUGGAGCAAAUAUAUGAGAUAUUCAAUCCGCAAAGUAAUAUCAUCAAAUAUAGCUCGAAUUCUAAGUUUUUAUCGAAAAGUCUGUACUACCGCCAACAAGAACUAAUUUUACUAGUUCCUUAUCUUACAGAUAUGGUAUAUACAAAAAACAUUUGUCGGCUUGCUCAAACGCUCAAAUCAUUUAUCAAUUCUUUAGAAAUGUGCUAUAAAAGAAAUGAAAUCAGCUUUCUGUUGAUUCAAAUGUUCUUAGGCAACCAACACUUGAAAAAGUUACUAGAGCAACACAAAAGCUCAAAUGCCGAACUGAUAAAUAGUAUAGGAAGCCUAAAACUUUUACAACGAAAUGAAUUGAUUGCAUUAGGAACACAAAAAGGUUACUAUGUGAAAGGUUCAAUGUCUAUUAUUGAUAUGCAAUUCUCAAGCGCUCCGUAUAACAUUCUGGAUGAGAGCUUGAAGUCUAUAAUGAAUUCCAAUCAGUCUUUUAUUGACAAGGUGAUUGAGCUCACGCGAGACUUGAUCAAUACUUACAACCAAUGCUCUACAAACAUGAAUGCGAUUGCUUCACUUUCAACAGAACUUGCACUUAUAUUGUAUUUUUCCACUGAUGACUAUGAGACUUCCUAUGAUCAACUAGUGAAAUCUUACGAUUUUUACUUUUCUAGUGGCUGGAAAUAUAUAGGGGUAACUUUGCUGGAGGUGUACAUUGAAAACUUGGAUAAAUUGAUUGAGCAGCGUGGCUUAGAUGUCGUUUUCCAAUUACUUUCAAGUUAUGUCACAUUGGCCGUUAAUAAGAGCGCCAAAUUUGAUGAAAGUCAUUUCAAGAAGUUAUGCUCUAAAUUAGAAAAACCAAUUGCCCUGAAAACUAAAGAACUGCUGAGAAUUUCCCAUAUUUCGUCUGUAUACUGCGAUGAAGUUGACACGUACAAAAUAGACCUAAGGUUCAAGUCCAAAAUUGGCUCCAAUGUAGAUAAAUUCAGAUUGUUCAUGAGAAAUACAAGUAACGAAAUUAUACAGUUCACUUCAUCUGAAGUCAAAAUAAAAGAGAAAAACGUUCUAACAUUGACAUGUUCCAAAGUGAUUUUCGAUACGUUCAAAUCUACCAAUAUUUCUAUCAACAUCGGAAAAUUUGAAAUAUUACAGCCGGUCAGUAUGACAAUACACGUUUCGCCAGUUGAGUCAUUCUAUGCUUUGAAGAGUAAAACAAUGGAAGAAAACACAAGAUUCAGCAUAAAAGUACCUUCAGUCCGAUAUCUACAUUCUGACAAACUUUUGUUUCAAGUCCGGGUCGGCAAAAAUGACAUUAGCAAUCUUGAGCUUGUGUUUGUGAAGACGGAUCCAGACAAAUUAGUGAAUAAUACUGAGUGUCAAAUGUUAUUAGUUGACAGCUCUUCCUCGAAUCACCCGAAUGAGCCAAAAGAGCUUGAUUUUACUAUCAAAGAAACAGAUCAAAAACUAGUUUUCUCACCAAAAGAGCCCUCUAUCCUCAAAUGCGGAAGCGUGAUAUCCGUAUACAUUCCCUACUUCUUCCCACCUGAUGUUUCUAAUACGGUGUUGGAUGUUAGGUAUAUGAUUCAAUUUAUCUCAAUAGAUAACUUGAAGGGACAACUUAUUUGCUCGCAGAAACGCUUCUCGCAAUUGCAGAGCUCACUACCCAUUGCUGUUGCUGCCGAUGAGACUUUCCGCUCUUCAUAUUCUUUGACUAAUGAGAAAUCAAAUGAAACGUUAUUUUCACUCUUUUCUUACUAUACCAUAAAUUCUGUAUCGGGCGAAAAUCCAAUACGAAUUCAAGAAGUGUCUUUAUCAUCAGCUAACUCUCAAAUUGAAACAUGGAAAUCACCAAAAAACGUGGUUGCAUUUAUUGAUCAGGGAUCCACAUUUUUUUACAAAGUAAGCGAUUUUACCUAUCGUGAUGUGCUUCUUAGGAUAUCAUAUAACAGUGUCAAAGAUGAGAUUGUUGAGCUCAUGAAUAUGAGGUUUGUGAAUUUUUUGGAAGAGGAGAAGGCUGUCUCCGUUGAGAAGAAAAAUUUCUUUAUAUUUGUAUCUGUGGCACAUCAGAUUUGGGAGAUACUACAGUACAAGUUGAACUUUUAUGCGCUUACGGGCAAAAUAUUCAUUAUUGACUACGAUAGCCGGAUCAUUGACAACUUUUUGAAGUACAUUGAUAUAGGGAGUCAAGCUGACUUCAAACAACAUGUUACACAAUUCUUGAAUAGUUUACCUGAUGUUGAAAUCGAUGAUAGCUUCAAGACGUUUAUGUUAUCAAAUGUGAAAAAAGAGCUCUGUAUUACAGUCAACUUGCCACCGAUCAAUAUGAUUAACGUAGUUGAAUAUCACUUUGAUAAAGUGUUACAGUACCUCGUCUGUGAGCCUAUCAACGUUAAUGUCACACUCGAUGUGCAUUUGUUAGGUCCCUUCAACAAUCAGGACGAAGUUUUAGACAAUAAGACAAUUUUAGAAAAAAAGGUCCGUUUUAAACAUAAUCCUAGCGGAGAGGAAAGCAACAACGAAGAUCCAUCCCAAGUUGUAAAUUUAAACUUAGGGUUCAUUGAUACUGAUCAAAAGUGGAUUAUUUCAGGGGUCAAAAAUUUAGAAGCAAAAAUCAACUUGAACGACACAAUCAAAAAUAAUGGUUCGCAUUUCCAGUUUCAACUAACCUUUGUUCCAUUGAAGCCAGGAAAGCUCCAGUUACCAGGAAUCGAGAUUAAGAAUCAGAGCCGAAAAGAUCUCAUAAUGGAGCUGGACUACAAAAAUACGGCCGAAAGCGUAUUGGUGGUAUCGGAACUGAAUAAAAUUAUACAUUCUUUCUAG